AUGACUGAAGGAAAAGACAUUUUAUACGAAGUUAAAGACAAAUUCGCCAUCAUCACUUUAAACAACCCAAAAGGUCUAAACUCCUUAACAAGUGAUCAGUAUUUAUUAUUAGGUGUUUUAAUGGAAAGAGCAAAUAGUGAACCAAAUACAAUUUUCACAUUUAUAAGAUCAACAGGAAGAUAUUUCAGUUCAGGUGCAAAUGUCAAGAGUGCAACAUUUGCAGGUGGUUUAGAUGGUGAUGAAAUUUCCAAGAAGAAUUAUUGGUUAUCAAAUUUUACUGCAAGAAAUGCUUAUUUAACUACAAUUUUCCAUGAUCAUACUAAAGUUAUUAUAAGUGCUUUAAAUGGACCUGUUGUUGGAUUAUCAAGUGCUCUCGUCUUGUUGUCUGAUUUCAUCUAUGCUAUUAAUGAUGAUGUUUUCCUCUUAACACCAUUUGCUAACUUGGGGUUAGUUAGCGAAGGUGCAGCAGCUGCUACAUUAUUACAAAGAGUUGGAUUAAGUACUGCAAAUGAAGCUUUAUUAUUAUCAAGACCUAUCCCUGCAAAGAGGUUAUAUGAACGUGGAUUAAUUAAUAAGAUUUAUAAUUUAAAAGAUACUGAAAAAUUUAAUGAUUUAGUUUUGGAAGAAUUUUGGUCAAGUGCCAAAGGAUUAGAAUUUCAAAGUAUUUUGGAAAUUAAACAAUUGAUUAAAGAUAAUUAUUUACAAGAUUUACAAAGUACAAAUUCUAAAGAAGUUAUCUAUGGUAUGCAAAAAUGGGUUCAAAAUAUUCCACAAAAUAGAUUUAAACAAGUUUCACAAAAGAAGAUUAAACAUAAAUUAUAA